AUGUCUUCAACCUCACAAUCACACCUUCCGUGGAAGGUGCGCUUCUCUAUGUCCAUCCUAUCUGCCAUUUCUGAUAUCACUGGUCGUUCCAAUGGUACUAUUAAUCGCCGCCUCCUCGCCUUCAUUGACUGGAAAGUCCCUCUCAUACCAAAAUUUAAAUCCAUCAAUGGUAUCUCUUCCUCUGACGUCAUGGUAAACUCCACACAUAAUCUCUGGUUUCGUCUCUUUAUACCUUCCUCUACCACUGCAACUGCAAUCUCAUCCUUCCCGAUUAUCAUAUUUUUCCACGGAGGUGGUUUUGCGUACAUGUCUCCUUCUUCUAUCCCAUACCAUAUUCUUUGUCGGUUGUUUUGUUGUUCUUUUCCCGCUAUUGUUGUAUCUGUUAAUUACCGUCUUACCCCUGAACAUCGUUUUCCAUCUCAAUAUGAAGAUGGUUUGGAAAUUCUUAAGUUUCUUGAUAACAAUAGUGACGUUUUAGGAAAAUCAGCUGAUAUCACCAAAUGUUUUUUGGCAGGUGAUAGUGCGGGUGGAAACUUGAUUCAUCAUGUGGCAGUUAGGGUUUCCUUAGAAAAGUUUCGAGUCUUAAAAAUUAUAGGAAUGAUUUCGAUGCAACCGUUUUUUGGAGGAGAGGAACGAACUGAAUCUGAAAUUCGUUUGAAGGGGGUACCCGUUUGUUCAAUGGAAAAAUCUGAUUGGUAUUGGAAGAUGUUUUUGCCAGAUGGGUCAAAUCGAGACCAUGAAUCGUCUAAUGUUAGUGGACCAAAUGCAAUGGAUAUUUCAAAAGUGAAUUAUCCAAAUACUAUUUUGUUAGUCGGUGGAUUUGACCCAUUAAUAGAUUGGCAAAAAAGAUAUUAUGAGUGGUUGAGAAAUUCUGGAAAGGAAGUGGAAUUAAUUGAAUAUGAAAACAUGAUUCAUGCAUUUUAUUACUUUCCCGAUUUACCUGAAACUUCUCAAUUUAUUUCUAAAGUUAAAGAUUUUAUGAUCAAACAAAUGGUUAAAAUGAAUUAA